AUGGUAUCUGCGUUCUGUCUCCCUCCAGUGGUCAGGGUCAGUAACUGCAGUCUGUGUGUGGACUCUGCUCCCUCUGUCAGGCCCGCAGUAUCUCUGCUCCCCCCUCCCUCUGAGCAGCACUCUUGCCUGCCUGCUGAGCGGCUACUCCCCCCAGGGGGCGAUGGUGAACUGGGAGGUGGACGGGGUGGAGGUGAAGGAGGGGUCCUGACCACCACAGAGGAAGAGAAGGGCGGGCGCCGCAGCAGCACCCUGACCCUGAGCAAGGCACGCUGGGAAGAGGGAGAGGUGAACACCUGCAGGGUCGCCAACAACGACACCAGUAACAGUGCCCCCACCCUCACCGUUCUGCCCCCCUCUAGUGAGGAGCUGUCCAGUGCAACAACAGCCACACUGACGUGUCUGGCCAACAAGGGCUUCCCUUCAGACUGGACCAUGAGCUGGAAAGUGGACGGGACCAGCCAGAUACAAGAGGCCAGUUCUAGGGUCCUGGAGAAGGAUGGUCUGUACAGCUGGAGCAGCACCCUGACUCUCUCUGCCCAGGAGUGGACCAAGGCAGGAGAGGUGACCUGUGAAGUCCAGCAGAAAUCCCAGACUCCAGUCACCAAGACCCUGAGGAAGGCUGACUGUUCUGGGUAG